CAUUAUAAUGCACGAAGAUAAGCACGGUUGAUUUUCUAUUGACUGUUAAUUUAUUUUUAGUCGUUAUCAUGUCUCUUUGAUCAUAAGAAAGCCUCUUCACGCUCUAUGGGCAUUUGAGGCGGUGACAACAGGCGUGGUUUUUACCAUAUAAGACUCUGUCAGCACUGUUUUGACACUGCGUUGCUAGGCGGACUUUGAAAAAGGCGAACCAACCAGAACCAUGACCGAUUUCGCUGUCAGGGAAACGCUGCACCUUCUUGAAAAGGUACGUGUUGACGGCACGGCUAAGGACAAAAUGGAAGCGGUAAUUUACCCCACCGCUGGACCUGCUGCCGGGCUACCUAAAAUUAGGCGAGAGCCUAAACAGAAAAAACAUGACGCUCUCCGUGUGUUGGACCCGUCGAGGAAGAAACUGACAACGAUCGAAUCACAGAGAAUUUUAGCUGCUUACGAGGAGAGCAUAAAACGGGUCGAGGUAGUGACUCUUUUGCCCUUCGUAGCUGAAAAUCUUGAUCGUUUCAACGUUGUGCUUGGUGGAGAGCUUGUAACAGCUAUCGAGGAGUAUGCUGAGUUACAGAAGGCAUACCAACAGUUGGUUGCUCCGUCUGAGCCAGAAAGACCAACGUCAAAAUCUUCCAAACGUUCAGCAACUCAGAUAAGUCGUCGAACGACGCCAGCGUCACACCAUUCCGUCCCCGCGGAAGGCGAAUUACCAACAGUUGAACCACCUGGGAGCAGAAGGGGUACCCCGAACAGCUACAGAAGUAGUGCAGGCCUUAGUGGCAGAAGCAGUGCUGCCAGUGACGCCCCAUCAGAGACUGUCGACCCUGAAGCCGAAGCUGAGAAAGCUAGAAACAUAGAAAUACUCAAACAACACAUUGGGUUUGCCUGUAAAAAUAUCCUGAGACUGUUCAGUUCGAAUCCUGCAGCAGUGAAUGCUGUAAGGGCCGAAAGACAGGCACGAGAUAUCGAAUCUAAUGCAGUGAUAGGUUACUUGAAUGAGCUUCGGGAGAUAAUAUUUGAAAAACUACUAACCACACCGCACGAAGAAACCAAAAAAGAUGACUACCUUAAAGAGAUAACUGUAAGAGAAAAGAAGAAUUCAGAGGUGAUAAAGAAAUUAGAAGGUGAACUGGAAAGUGCCAAUGAUGAAAAAGAUGAAGAGAUCUCUAAGAGAAAUGAUGUGAUUCGUCGCCUGAAAGCUGAUCUUCAUCAAAUUGAGAAAUUCUCAGAAGAACACAUCCGUAGAACUAAAUCUGAAGCUGAUAAACAGCAGCAAGCUGACCUGAGGAACUCUGAAGGCAAACAACAAAGACUGCAAACAGAUCUGUCAGGAUUACGCACACAGCUGGCAAAUAUGAUUGCUGAACAUCGAGAAACCGAAUUAACAUUAAGAAAGCGUAAAUAUAAAGUUGAAACAGAAGUUGAGAACUGGAUACAGAAGUAUGAUGCUGAUAUGGGAGAACGGCAGGACGAAUAUGAGGAAGUGGAUGCUGUUUACACUGAAGAGAAAGCACAACUUAAUGAACUAGAGGAAAGAUUCAAAACUCUGGAAGAAGAGUAUAAGACAAUAGUGGAAGAGCGUCGCAUCGCUCAGGAAAAGAAAGAACGGGAAGAGAGAGAAUUACAGAUGAUGAUAAAAGCUGCUACUGUCAUCCAGUCAUUCUGGAGGUCAUUCAGGUGUCGCAAACAACUCAAAGGAAAGAAAAAGAAAGGGAAGAAGGGUAAAGGAAAGAGUGGAAAAAAGAAGAAGAAGUAGACAGGAAGAAAAAGUUUGGAAGGAUGUUUAAGUUGUGCCUGUUUAUUAAGGUUUCAUUGACUGUGACAAUUUUUGAACGUUAAUAAUGUUCAUGAAAAUGAAAUGAAAAGCACAAUUAGUGUUUUGUUUAGACUUGAAUCUCACAAUGUGAAACUAAAUAUACUUAUAUAUAAGGUUUUAUUGGUAUUUUCAGACAGCUAAAAAUUGAUUUCUAUGUACAAAUAUACAUUUGCAUUGUCAAUAAAGAUAAGUGAUUUUUGUAUUGUA